AUGCCCUCAGAUGACACCUCGCACUUUCAAUCGAUUGCAUGGGUCUCUGAGCUUCUCCGCGACGAGUCCUUCGUGACGAUUACAACCCCGUCGCGCGUGUUGAAGCCGACAGCCGAGGAUACUUUCUUUGCAACAACCAUCAACUCGCCCUCCACCAUUGCAGCAUGUCUAACCCAAUACCGUCGCCCGUCUCCCUCUAUCAAACCACUCUCACCCGGUACGAUCCCAACAGAUGAGAUUCGUAUUUUCUGUACUCUCGGUACCGGGCUCAAUGGCUACCCCGGGGUUUUGCACGGCGGCAUGGUCGCUUCCCUGCUGGAUGAAUGUAUGGGAUUGAUCCUGAGCUUCAAUCUAGGAGGUGGGAAUCCGGGCCAUACCGGGCCUGUGACUGCGUAUUUGAAUACCAAGUUUACUCGGCCUGUUCUGACGCCUGGGACGUUUGUUGUCACGGGCAAGGUUACGGAAUCGAACGAUAAUCGGAAAUGGAAGAUCGUGGGGGAUAUUCGUGAUGCUGACGGAAAUGUUUGCUCUCAGGCAGAGUGUCUUUAUGUACAGCCACGGAGUAAGAUUUAG